AGUGCAAUGAGUGAAGGUUACUAAUUUGUGAUAUGGAGGAGGAGCAGAGAAUAAAACAGUAAAGUAGACUAAAAAUUACAUUAAAUGGGAGAAAGACACUUUAAAGUGUGGAAUAAAAACUCAGGCAGGUAUUCUAAUUUAAAAAUAAAAGUCAAGACAUGGAGGCGCGGCCUCGACCAGAACUGUUUGACUUCCAUGGAGUUGGCAUGAUCAAAGAGUUUACAGAAAACUGGGACAACAUACAGAACUUCAAAGCAAGAGCAGAUGAUAUUCUUAUUGCUACUUACCCUAAAGCAGGAACCACAUGGGUCUCCUACAUCCUAGAUCUUUUGUAUUUUGGGCACAUGGGUCCAGACCGUCAGACUUCCAUCCCUCUUCAUGACAGAGUACCCUUCCUGGAGCUAUGCGAACCCCCUUUGCCAUUAGGUACAGACUUGGCAGACAAACUUCCCACCACUCCUCGUCUCAUUAAAACUCAUCUACCAGUCCAGUUUGUACCAAAGUCCUUCUGGGAGCAGCGCUGCAGGGUAGUCUAUGUGGCCCGCAAUGCAAAGGACAAUGCAGUGUCCUACUUUCAUUUUGAACGCAUGGACAGUGGCAUGCCAGAACCGGGGGACUGGAGCACCUUCCUGCUGAACUUCAUGGAGGGGAAGAGUGAGUUCAGUGUAGUUUUACCACAGAAGGAAGAGAACAUGUUUUCAUUUUAUUUGCAAUGUAAACACUCUGUUGUGUUUUGUUGUGUGUUUGUAGUGGUUUUUGGAUCGUGGUAUGAUCAUGUGAACGGCUGGUGGGAGAAGAAGCAGAUUUAUUCAAAUUUUCACUACAUGUUCUAUGAAGAUUUGAUUGAGGACUGUGGACGAGAAAUAGACCGACUGUGUUCCUUCCUUGGUUUGUCUCCUUCAGCUGAAGAGAAGGAAAGAGUCAAAGCCAGUGCGACUUUUGACAAUAUGAAACAAAAUAAAAUGACCAACUACUCCACCUUCGAUACAAUGAACCAGACUAUCUCUCCUUUCAUGAGAAAAGGAAAAGUUGGUGACUGGAAGAACCACUUCACUGUGGCCCAGAAUGAACAGUUUGAUGAAGACUACAAGCAGAAAAUGAAGAAUCCUGAUCUAAAGUUUCAUUAUGAAAUUUAGAGCCCCAGCUGGGUGUGAUGGAACUCUGCACUGAUAUGUGAUUAAAUAGUUAAGAAAUAAGCCAAAUUUGUUAUUAAAUUUUAAAUGAACUAAAUUUCAGGUAGGUGAUAGAGACCUGUGGCAGAGUUCACAACCCUGAGCUGUCCUGCAGAACUGAUAAAUCCAACAGAACAAUUUCCAGAAACAGUACCAACUUAUAGUUUACAUUCUUUGAAAAACGCUGGGUCAGGUAUGAUUUGUCUGACACCGUGUCUUAUCGUAUAAGGAUAUUAUACUUUUGGCUUUUCUCCACCUUCAUUCUGCUCAAUAUAAUAUUUUAAACUUUGUUAAAUAAUGGCAACUUUGUGGAAUGCUGUAAAGUUAACCCAUUAUCCUCAUAUCAGCACACUUUUUUAAAACCACUUUCUGUUUAAAGGCGAUUCUUAGUUUUAUUCUUACAAGAUCCAACUAAACUCAAAUAGGAGAAAUUAAAAAGGCAAACAGCAAACAAAAGUGUAGGUGUUCAGGGAAUGAUGUGAAAAUCCAUUAGGGCA